AUGGAGUCCUCGCCGGCUCUCAAUCCUGUCAAAAGACAGAAGCGCAUAGACUUUCGAAAGACAGAGCAGCAAGAGGUCCUGCCGCAGAAACGAUUCUAUCGACAGCGAGCACAUGCGAACCCGUUUUCUGAUCAUAGGCUAGACUACCCAAUAUCACCCCAGUAUAUGGAUUGGAGCGAUUACUUUCCCGCAUACUUCCCUAAAAAGCGAAAAUUCGACGAUGCAACCGACAAUGCCGAGGAAACAGUGGAAGCGCAAACAACUAGCGAUGCUGAAUUCGAUACGAAGAAGGUGGAGAUUGCAGACAUUGGGUGUGGUUUCGGUGGCCUACUGAUUUCACUCGCCCCUACGUUCCCAGAAACGUUGAUCCUGGGUAUGGAGAUACGUAUGCAAGUCACAGCCUAUGUCCAGGACCGAAUAACGGCGUUACGGAAUCAAUGUUCGACAAGGAAAGAAGGACAAGAAGUUAUUCCGGGUGGAUAUCAAAACAUUGGAAUAAUCCGAGGGAACGCGAUGAAAUUUUUACCCAACUUCUUUGAAAGGCACCAGUUAAGCAAGAUGUUUUUUUGCUUCCCAGAUCCACACUUCAAGGCUAGGAAGCAUAAGGCGAGGAUUAUUUCGCCCACGUUACUAGCAGAAUAUGCCUAUAUAUUACGGCCUGGUGGCAUAAUAUACACCAUCACAGACGUAGAGGAUUUACACUUGUGGAUGGCAAAACACCUGGACGACCACCCGAUGUUUGAAAGAUUAUCGGAGGAAGAACAGGAGGAAGACGUCUGUGUAAAGAUCAUGAGAACAGAUACAGAGGAGGGCAAGAAGGUGGCACGAAACCAAGGAAGCAAGUGGGUGGCAUGUUUCAGAAGGAUUGAAGACCCAGUAUGA